CCAGGAGGAUCUGGACGCUGGAGGCGGAAGUAUCCGCCGCUUUCGUCUAGAGUAUACUCCUUCGUCUCAUCGCGCAGAUUCCGCAACAUGGCCUUCAGCCUUUCGAAAGUUGCUUGCCGACUACAACAGCGAGAGAGUUGCGAGGUUUCACGGAGAGCAUCGAUACACUCCGAAGUGGUGCUAUGGCAUCUCGCAAUGCGCAAGUCUGGGCGCCGCAAGAAAGGUCGACGUUGAUCUACAACGCAAAUCUCGUGACCGACCUCAACGCCCAGCGUCCCCUCAUUUCUGGGUAUCAAGAACUUCAAGACACCGCCGUACUGCUCCGCGAGCAGCGCACCGAGACCAAGCGGCUCCUUGCGAGCCUCUCGAGGCGCAGAGCUGCGCUGCUGUCAAGUCCCCGCCAUCGGCAGGAAUACAUCCCGGAGCAGACUCUUACCGAAAUCUCCGACACCGUGGAUUUGGACGCCGACGAGCGGGCUCCAAAGGACCCGGCAAGCAACUUUCGAGAUGUUUGGAUUUCGAUGAAUCUGAGAGAGGUGUAGGGUCGUUGAGCUGGGGACUUGCAAGGCAAAGGACGCAUCGACAAUGAGCAAGCAUGCGUCGUCUUGCACGUCACGCUUCGCGCGAUGCUGUAGAUCAAGCUGACUUCAAAAGAUGACGGGCAAGUUGGCUG